AUGCACACUGCUAAGCAUAUGAACACACCAAUGAUGUCCACCCUUAAAUUCUCAGCUAGUGAGUCAGAAUCUUUUGAGAAUCUGAAAUUAUACAAGUCCAUGGUUGGUGUUUUGCAAUACCCCACCAUCACAUGCCCAGACCUCUCCUAUGCUAUCAACCGUGUUUCACAGUUCAUGCAUCAUCCAACAAUUUUGCAUUGGAAAGCUGUGAAACGGAUCCUAAGAUAUCUAAAAAAUACAGUUGACAAAGGUCUGGUUUUUAACAAAUCUACUGACUUUAGACUCCUUGGUUUUGCAGAUGCAGAUUGGGGUGGAGAUGUUGAUGAUAGAAAAUCGAUUUCUGGUUAUUAUGUCUUCAUGGGGUGCAAUCUCAAUGUCUGGAAGAGUAACAAGCAGUCCAAGGUCAGUAGAAGCAGUACUGAAGCAGAAUAUUGA